AGGGCGCUGUUCAUUACGAGAACAUUCAUAUAGAAAAAUUCUGACACUAAUAAAAAUAUUAUUGCUAAUUUACGUUUAUGAACUGUAUAUCUCCAUGAGAUAGUCCACAUACUCUAAGUGAUGUCGGUAAAACCAGUGUCGUCGACUGAUCAGGACACGCGGGCGAGGGUUUUAUUCUGAAAUGUGCGACCUGACUCCUGUAUCUCACUCUAUGUGACUUGACGCUACUUGCCGCCGCAGUUGCACCGGCUUCUCUCCUGUCCUAGCGGGACGAUUUACUUGAAUUCAUCCAUUACAGGCCCAUCUGCCUGUCGUCGCCGUGACGCGGGGAUCGCAGGGUGUUUUGCGCAGUCUUUACGCGAAGCUGAUAUGCGGAGGAAAGCUGGGAUGUGUUCCCUGGACUCACUGCAUUGAUGUUCGUGAGCUUCUGUCAUCACAGGCCUCAUUCUCCCAUUACUGGAGCUAGUUCCUCAUAAUAAUGGUGCGGUGAAAAGGGUGUUUUGUUCCACGAUAAGGUCAACAGACUGGCAUAUAAAAUGAAGAUUUGGAGCACGGAGCAUGUUUUCAGUUACCCUUGGGAGACGGUGAUCAAGGCUGCUAUGAGGAAGUACCCCAACCCCAUGAACCCUAAUGUGAUCGGGGUGGACGUGUUGGACCGCAGUCUGGACACAGAGGGCCGGCUUCACAGCCACAGACUCCUCAGCACAGAGUGGGGCCUACCGGCUAUCGUCAGAGCGAUACUGGGAACCAACCAGACACAGACCUAUGUGAAGGAACAUUCCAUAGUUGAUCCAGAGGAGAAAAAGAUGGAGUUGUGCUCAACAAAUAUCACUCUAACUAACCUCAUAUCUGUGGAUGAGAGGCUUCUUUACAGACCACACCCAGACAAUCCUGAGGUGACUGUCCUGACCCAGGAAGCCAUCAUUACAGUGAAGGGAGUCAGUUUGAGCAGCUACCUGGAAGCCAUGAUGGCCAGGAGUAUGUCAGCUAACGCCAGGAAGGGUUGGGAUGCUAUUGAGUGGAUUAUUCAGAACUCCGAAAGAGAAAAUGUACCUCUCUGUGACAUUUACUAACGCUGGUGUUGAAGUGUACAGUGGCAACUAUUUUCCCUGGCUACACCUCAUAAACAACUGGCGAUCCUCAGCAUUUCCAGCAUUUCUCUGGCCGGUGGUGGUCUGAGAGGUUUUUUUUUUUUUUUUUUUUCUGGCUUUCCAUCUGAAACAGCACAGAAAGAACAAACAAACAGUAACAUUUUUGCCAAAGCUGAAUGAUUAUUAAAACAUAUUAGAGUAGAUUUUAAGAGAUAAGGGGGCCAACUGUGGUAGGAGUAACUCAUUGCUUACUGACUACUCAUUAACCCAUUAGCUGUUUAAAGAAGUGUUAGCAAAACAGAGAGCUGCAUCAGCUUUACUGAAGGACCGCCUGAAAACACUGUUUGAAAUAUUAUAUUACAGUUGACUUUCACACCAUGUCAUAUUAUUUUUUAAAACUCUAGAGAGGAAGGAUGCAAAAGGCCAUGACGUGGUGAAAUGUUAGUAAUAUGCAACCAACCUCAUGAUUUUAUUUGAACUAAUGUAGAUUUUGUGUAGUGUCACACAACAGAGACUAUAGUAGGAGUUUAAAUUGGAACGUUUUUAUUGGUGCUUAUUACUUGUUACAACGGGGCACAGACUGUAGAUCAUGUCCGCAUGAUAGUAGUAAAAAAAAACAGCAAGAAUGUGGGAGUGGGAAGAAAAAUAUUUAGAUAGACAAUAUCAGUUCUUUGACUUACUAUCACAAAAACAAGAUGGGAAUGUAUCAUUAACAUUGCCUUCUUUCUGUACUCUCAAAGCAUCAAUACACCGGCUUCUUUUUGAUGUAGCAUGGGCAGCACAUUUGCAAGCAGGUUACUGAGGAAGAGGAGGAUCGUGCAGGUUAUACAAACACACACAGGCUAAACCAUUUAUAAUGGCCUUAAGAUGAUGCCUGUGUAUUAUUGCUUUGAGGGCAGUGCAAUGCCUUUGCCAGUCACACCUGUCAUGCUUCCACAUGCUGAACUACUCCAUAACCUGUAUACCCUGAGGAGCAGGGCAGUACUGUAUGUGACAUUCUGCAUUGGGAGAAGCACAACGUGCUAAAUCAGCUUUCUGAGUAAAAUUAAAAAUUUACAUAUUUGUAUAAAUAUUAUUUAUUUAACAACAAUGUGUGAUAAAACGUAAAUUAUUUCAUGUGUGUGUGGGUGUGUUCAUGUCAUGGGGGAAAAAUGUUACAUUUUCUUUUUUCUUUUUUUUAUUUGUAACUUGAAACAGUUGUCUUUCUGCGAUGAUUAAAAAAAAGUGUUUGAAAAAUU